AUGCGUUUAAUUCUAAAUAUUUUUAUCAUCGGUAUUGGUUUAAUACCGUUGAUAUAUACAUCACCAGUUUCACUAGGUGAUGGUUAUUAUUUACCUUCAGUGGAAAAUGUUGAAACUCAUAUUGAUAAUUUAUGGACAAAUUUUAAGAAAGGUUAUGGUAUUGUAUAUAAUACAAGUAUUGAAGAACUUCAUCGUUUUAAAAUCUUUGCUGGUCAUGUUAAAAUGAUUGUUAAACAUAAUCUUGAACAUGAUCUUGGUUUACACACAUUUCGACUUGGCAUUAAUAAAUAUGCUACAUUGACAAAUCAAGAAUUUCGUCAACAAUUUAAUGGAUAUCGUCGUGAUAAGAAUUCUCAUUCACAAUUAUCCGAUUUUCGUCGUUUACAUGUUCCAGCUUCACCUUAUAUAGCUCUUCCAGUAUCUGUUGAUUGGCGUGAUCAAGGUAUGGUAACACCAGUAAAAGAUCAAGCACAAUGUGGUUCAUGUUGGGCAUUCAGUACUACUGGUGCACUCGAAAGUCAUCAUGCACGAUCAAGUGGUAAAUUAGUUAGUUUAAGUGAACAACAACUUGUUGAUUGUUCAACACAUUGGGGUAAUAAUGGUUGCAACGGUGGUUUAAUGGAUAAUGCAUUUAAAUAUGUUCAUGAUAACAAAGGUCUUGAUGAUGAAGCAUCAUAUCCAUAUGUUGGAAAAGAUGAAGCAGCUUGUAAAUUUCGUCGACCUUCCGUUGCUACAACAUGCGAUGGUUUUGUUGAUAUUCCACAAGGCAAUGAAACAGCAUUACAAGAAGCUUUAGCACUUCAAGGUCCUGUUUCAGUUGCUAUUGAUGCUAGUCAAGAAUCAUUUCAAUUCUAUGUAUCUGGUGUUUACUCUGAUCCCAAAUGUUCAUCAGAAGAUCUUGAUCACGGUGUUCUAGCUGUUGGCUAUGGUGUUGCUAAUGAUCCGGUUAAAGGUCAACAAGAAUAUUAUAUUGUUAAAAAUAGUUGGUCAGCUGCUUGGGGUGAUAAAGGCUAUAUAAAACUUGCUCGAAAUAAGAAGAAUAUGUGUGGUAUUAGUAGUGCUGCAAGUUAUCCAAUUGUUAGCGAUAAAUCGGUUCAAAGUGAAGUGAUUAAUUAUUAA